UGUCUGUCUCCUAUUUGCAGAGGAGGGCAUCAAUCACGAGUGCAAGCUGUGUAACCAGAUGUUUGAUUCACCUGCCAAGCUGCUCUGCCACCUGAUAGAGCACAGCUUUGAAGGCAUGGGAGGAACCUUCAAGUGUCCCGUCUGCUUCACAGUAUUCGUUCAGGCCAACAAGCUCCAGCAGCACAUAUUCGCCGUCCACGGUCAGGAGGACAAGAUCUACGACUGUUCCCAGUGUCCACAGAAGUUCUUCUUUCAGACAGAACUACAGGUGCGUCCUCCUUUAAGUCCUCUUCUUCUUCUUCUUCUCUGUCCUUAAAGCUCCUCCUCCUCUCUAAACUUAUCCAUAACCUGAUUCUACUUUUCUCUGCGUAUCAUCUCAUCCUCUACGUAUUCCUCCUCCGGGCUCUGUCCCUCACUUUCCAUCUCCCCUCAUGAGGUCCGAGCAGGGUUCUGGCAAAGCUUCAUGUCAUUAGGGUCCAGACACAUUUAAAUCCACACGUGUGUGUGUGUGUGUGAGUGAAGGAGGAGGACAGAGAGGCGAUAAGUCACUCAUGAGUAGGUCCAGGACCAGCUGUGGUCAGGUCUGCCG